GUUUUAAAAAAUGGUGCGAUAACUCUUGAUGAUCCUGAGGCUAUUUAUUAUUCUGGCCAGAUAAUAUCAGGAAAAAUCGAGUUUGUUCUAAGCGAAGCAUUAUCCUUUUCAGCAAUCAAUGUUGUUUAUAAUGGUGAGGCAAAUGUUUCAUGGACUGAGCGACAAACUGAAAUAUAUUCAGGUGUGAAGAGAUAUAUAAAUGUGGAGUAUAAGGGCUACGAGGAGUACUUUACUUGUGUCCAGUGCAUUUGUGGGAAUCAUGGCAUGUCUGUACUACCGGCGGGCACCCAUUCUAUCCCAUUCUCGUAUCGGAUACCGUACACCGCGCCAUCCUCGUUCAAUAGCAGCAUAGGCAGAGUCUCAUACAAAGUUACUGCAUAUUUUGGAGUGUCCACCCAACGAGGGAGGCUAAUAGUCAAGACUUUUGAGGGAAGCGAAUCCACCUGCCACAGUGGAGUCGUCUCAGACGUUUGGCGGUUUGAAGUUCCAGCGGCCCAUCGCGAUGAGUUCGAGGAGUUGUAUAGCUGCUGCUGCAGCUCGCAGCCGAUCACGAUCAGGGUCGAGGUGCCGGUGUCGGGCUUCUGCCCUGGACAGGCGAUGCCAAAUCACCGUCCGCGCGAAGAACGACUCCGCGACGGAGAUAUCGAGGAUCUACUUCCAACUGGUCAUGGUGAGUCGCUAGGGCUGUGGUGGUGGAACUUUCAGGGGAAGCAGCCGUCUACGAUCCGAUCGCCUGGUGGA